AUGAAGUCAAGUGGUAGAAGAGUAGGAGUGACUGUAGAUCAAGAGUAUGAAUCAUUUACAUCGGAAGAGGAAGAGGAAAUAGAGGAAAAUCCUUUUAAAAUUCCAACUGAUGAACAAAUAUUUGAGAGUAAGGAAAAAUUAAAAUCGAUAAAUACAGGUUCCGGGUUAACCUUCAAAUCACCAAGAAAAACAAAAAUGUCAAGGAGAGACCCUGUUUUACCUCUUAUUAGAGAUAAAAAGUCAAAGAGUGCUCCUUCUGGUGAUCAACCUGUUGAUGUAAAUAGCUCGUAUAAAAAGAAGGAAAAUGUUUCAGAUUUUAUUGAAAAGAAAAAACAAAUGUUUCUCUUGCAGAUGAGUAUUGAUACUAAAAAGUUUGAAAUUAAGAAAUUAGAAAAGAAAGCUCAAAAGAGAGAUCAAAAACUGUUCCAAAUGGAACAGGAACUAAAACAACAGACACAAGCUUUUGACGAUUUUCUUGCCCUUAACGAUAUUAGAGCAGUGGAAGCUAUCAAAAAAGCUGAAGAAGAAACGAAAGCAAAACAAUCUAAACAAAACGAGAUUAAGAAAUUGAAUGCGAGAAUUGCUGCAAUCACAUCAGAAAUUUCAAAACUUGAUUACCAGUUAGACAAUUGCAGAAGAUAUAAAGACUUUUUGGAUUCACUCACACCAAAGGAAGAAUUGGCAAAGAUGAAUGACAAGAAGAAAAAGACAUCCAAAUCAAGACCAGGAUCAAGAGCAAGCUCAGGAAGAUCAGGAACUUCGACCAGUGAAAAAGAGGAAAGAGAAACAAAGAUGACACCAAUUGCCUCUCUGGAUUCUAAAGAAGAGGAGCAGACAGAAAACAAUGAAGAAGUUAUUGAUAUGUAUUUUAAAAAGCCAGAGCAACUUCUUAAUAUUUAUUCAGAAUUGGAAGAAAGUAAUUUAAUUUUAAUCCAAAACACUGAAGACAUUCAAGAGCAACUUGAAGAUGUCCAAAAAAUGUACAAAGAAACAAAGAAGAAAAUGAGUAUGGAAGCUGAGAAUUUGCAAGCUCAAAUUGAUGUACUUAAUGAACAACUUGAAAUAGAACAAGAUAGAUUGAAAACCAUUUCAGAUAGACACUCUUCAAAUAUCGAUCAGGAUGGAGAAGAGAGAUUAAAGAUGUUAACUGAAAAGAUUAAAGAAAUAUAUCUUCAAUCUGGUGUGGAAACUGAAUCAGACCAAAAUGCAGAUAUUAUGGAAAAUAUUGACCCACUCUUCAUGUUAUCCAAAAUUGAAAAUAAGCUUGAAAGUUUAUUAACAGUACUUGAUGAAUACGAUGACGAUUUUGUUGCCAAGUACGAAAAGCAAAGAGAGAAAGAACGUAGAAAGCAGCAAAGAGAGGAGACCAACAAAAUUAAAUCUCAAAAAGAGAAGAAGAAUAAGUCUGUUGUGCAGCAAACAGCACCUAGAAAGAGAGCAGGUAAACCUCUUGUGUUUAGGUCGGCUCCACCAAAUACAGACACAAAGAAAUCAAAGAGCGAGGAAACAAAACAAAACGAAGAGAAGGAUGAGUUUAAGGAAUUGUUUGUUUGUCUUGUUGGUUGUUGCUUUGCUCAUCAACCAACUUUCCAUAUGUUUACUCAAAGUCAACAUGUUGAAAAUCAACCAAAUCAUCAUCACAAAUGUAUUCACGACUCUCUCUACGAUAAUGAAUUAAAACGAUUUGAUGGAGAUCGUUCAAAAUCACCACUUUUCAUUGGUUUAGAUAACCCAAUACCUCUACAAACUACUCAUCGUCUUGUUAGGAAAAUGGGUGCCAAUGGAAAACGUUCUAUUGAAAAGGUGUUUGAUGUCUUUUCAUCCAUUAGAAUAAUUCUCGAUACAACUUACUUGUCAAGUGAUGUAGAGAGUAGAUCAUGUUAUUCAACUGGUGCAACCUAUAAGAGAGGAAAUCCAUCUUCUACAAGUGUAGUUUGUGAUGGUUCUUCAGUAACAACUAAUUGCUAUGGAACAUGUAAAAGUGCAGACGUAAUUACAUCUACCAAAUCAUCUCGUGUGCUAAAUCUUGUUCAACAAGUCAAGGCAAAGAUUGCAUCUCAGAUUAGUACUAGACCAUUAGCUUCAUUCACUGUUUCAAAACUUGCCAUUAAUUGUGGUGCAGAGGGAGGUGUUCCAUGGACUAGUAAUGUAAUUGCUCCAAAUACAUUGACAAACGUUGAUUUAUAUAUUUAUGUCACGAUGAGACCUGCUGAUACUGGAGUUGCUGCUUGGGCUACUGCUUGCAGUACAGAAUCAACAUAUGGAAGACCUGUUGCUGGUCAAUUGAAUAUUAAUCCAUCAAUUUUGGACACCUAUCCAAGUGAUGACACUGUUCUUCUUUCAACAAUUGAACAUGAAACAACUCACAUUUUGGGAUUUAGUUCAUCAUUUUAUGGACAAUAUCGUGAUGAUAAUGGUUUUUUAAUGUCAUCAUCUGCAGUUGUUGCCUCAAAGACCAAAACUGAAAAUGGAGCCUCUGUAACAAGACAAUACUUUAUUCAUUCAAAGAUGACUAACAUGUAUAAGAAUUUAACUGGAUGCUCAAGUGUUGAUGGAGUACCAAUUGAGGAAUAUGGAAGCUCUGGAUCUGCAGGUAGUCAUUUUGAUGCAAGAGUUUUUGUAAAUGAAUUGAUGGCUCCUUCUUUGGAUGGUUGUGGAACUUUUGGUAGAAGUUGUGUAACUACAACUGCUACUUUGGCCUUAUUAGAAACUACUGGUUGGUACAAAUCAAGUGUUGCCAAUCCAAUAAUUCCUGCCUACGGUAGAAAUAUGGGAUGUAAUUUUGCUAAUCAGAGAUGUUCUACUUGGGAUACUGACAAGUUGGGUUAUUUCUGUACUGAUACCACUCAAAAGAAGUUCUCUUGUGUUUACCAUAUGCGUGAUAAGGGUAUUUGUGAUAUGGCCACUUACACUUCUGCAUUGCCUGCUCAAUAUCAAUAUUUUACAAAUUCCAAACAAGGUGGUAGAGUUUCAUGGUUCGAUUAUUGUCCAAUUCAACGUCGUUAUAUGAAUUGUGCUGACAAAACAAUGCCAAAGAGAUCUUCAGAAGUUUUCAAUACCAAUAGUGCCUGUUUUGUAGGUAAUUUAGAAUUGACUGGUUUUAGUGGAACUAUGGAAAGUGAGGAUUCGGCCAGUAGAUGUCUCGUGUAUAGUUGUGAUAGAACCAAUAAGGUACUCAAAAUUAGACUUCACACCACCUCCAAUUACAUUACUUGUCCUUCAGAUCAAUCCAAUCAAGUAUUCACAGCUCCAACUGGAUUCAAGGGAUCUGUUACAUGUCCAAAGAAUGGUUAUACCAUUUUGUGUGAUUCCUAUGAAAUUACUCCAUCCACUGAUGAUGGUACAGGUAAAACUGCAAUCUCAUCUGAUGAAGCUGGAAAUGAAAGCUCAGAUGGUACUUCAUCUGGUAAGGUUUGCUUCUUAGGAAUCUGUUGGGGAAGCAGUGCACAAAUUGUUCAAUUUUCCACCUCAAACAUUUUCCUUCUCAUUGCUACAUUUGUUUUGUUGAAUGCAUUAAUGAACAUGGUUACACAAUAAAAUUGUCUCAAUAUUAUUAUUU